UUUUUUUUGAGUAGUUUUGUGAGUAAUUAUGUUUCAAAAGUGAAUUAUUCGUAUAUUAAUCAAUGUAAGAUAAGUAAAUACAGUUUUAUGAUUGAAGAAUAAAUAAGUGAGUGGCGCACAUUUUAUUUCUAGGUCAUGAGGUACAAGUCAAUAUGCAUAUAUUUGAAAUACUUAUCAGCCUAUUGGUAAUUCGAGCAAUUAAUUGUUCCAAUCAUUGUCUUACGAUGAUAAAAGAAGUAAAUCCAAAACGAGUCGUUCAUCUAGAUGGACAGCCUCUAAACAUAUCCUUGGAGUUGACCCGUCGUCCAACGCAGCGUUUAAUAACCCGAAUAAUGGAGAUCUUCUUAGUUGAGGUUCUUGGUUAUCCAGGUGUGAAUGUUGUUGAAAGAGAUGAUUGGUUUGAUGCAAUCAUAGUAUUUGCACGAAUGUCAGAAACGCUGACCUACGGUCACAGAGUUGUUCCAGAGACUAUGGUUAAUAUGGAAGCAUGGAUUCCACCACAAGAGGAUACUCAGAUGUUUCGAAAUCAUUAUAACGUUCGAGAAUGUGGUUCUGUAACUAAUCCAGGACGAUUUGGUUGGUUUAUACCUGGUGAUCUCAGUGAACCUGAUGAUACAUGGAGAAUAUUUGCUAAACAAGAAUCAGCUAAUCGGUUUGACGUUGAUACAUCUACACUCCUCGUCAUUCAAAAUUAUACAAAAGAUCUAGAAACUGGUCAAUUUUAUUGUCAAGAAUCAUUUUGUCAUGAAGGAAUGUAUAUCCCAAGUCAAUGUCAAGGAUUAAAUCAAAAAUUACAACCAUGUGCUUUACUUCUUGCUUCAGAAUCUGAUGUAACAUACUUUGUCAAAGAUCAUAUUGAUAUUCUAAAAUUGUAUGUCAAAGUGGCCUGGGUUGGACCUCAUUUAAAAAACUUGACGCGAAUGUUAACAAAACAGUACGUCUUAAAUUAUAUGAAUGAAUCGAAUUUAUUCAGAAGAUCAUUGGUGAUCUUACAUUGGACACCAAGUGAUAUCAUUCCGAAUGAAAAAGAAUUUAUUGCUGUGGACUUUCCUAAAUGUGGUACAAGAGGUUUAAAAUUAGAUUGUGUUUACGAAUCAAAUCGAUUAGUUAAAUUGGCAUGGUCUAGAUUGGAAUCAAUAGCUAAGUUUGCUUGGGAAGCAAUUAAUAAGGCACGAUUUAGUCCUAAAAUGUAUGAUGAUCUAAUGGAUCGAUAUAAUAGAUUAAUUGAUAAAGGGAAAAGUGAAAAGCAAAUAGCAUGUGAUUGGCUGCAAGAUAAUUUAAAUUAUACAUUAAAUACAUGGAUGCCAAAUAAUGCUGAUAAAAAUGAACUUUUUGUUGGUGGUAUUUUUCCAAUGAGUGGUGGAAUAUCUGGUAAAUCGAUCGUUAUUGCUGCACGAAUGGCUAAAGAAGCAAUUAACGUAAAUAACUCAUUACUACAUGAUUACAAUCUUACACUAUUAGCAAGUGAUGGUCAAUGUAAAUCGGAUAUGGUAAUGAAAUCAUUUAUUGAUUAUAUUGUUCACAAUUAUUAUAAGAAGCUUAUUGGAGUAUUAGGUCCAGCUUGUUCUGAUACUAUUGAACCACUUAUUGGUAUUUCACGUCAUUAUAAAACUGUUGUAAUAAGUUAUAGUGCUGAAGGUUCUACUUUUAAUGAUCGUAAUCGGUAUCCAUAUUUCUUCCGGACUAUUGGUGAAAAUAAACAAUAUCGUCAUGUUUAUUUAGAACUUUUUAAAAUAUUUGGAUGGCAAAGGGUAGCAGCACUUACGGAAGAUGGACAAAAAUAUACAGAAUAUAUUUCAUAUUUACAAGAGAUGCUGAGAGAAAAUGAGAUUAAUUUUUUAGGAAAUUUUAAAUUCCCGAGAGAAAGAGAAAUUCAUGAAAUGACUCAGUAUUUGGCAGAUUUGAAGACAAAAAGAGCUCGAAUUAUUAUAGCAGAUAUUUAUGAUAAAGCUGCUAGAGAAGUUAUGUGUGAAGCAUUUAAAUUAGAAAUGACUGCAGAGAAGGGAUAUGUGUGGUUUUUACCAUUAUGGUUACAACCAAACUGGUAUGAUACUGAUAUUCACAAUAAAAAUGGUGAAAGUGUUCCCUGUACAACAGCAGAUAUGAUCAAAUCGAUAAAUGGUUAUUUUAGUGUGUCUCAUGCUUUUUAUGCUGAUGAUAAUGAAAUAAUGCAAGAAGGAAUUACAGUACGUCAAUGGCGUGAUCGAUAUGAGACAUUAUGCAAAACAGCCAACCAAUCACCAUCAUUGUAUGCUGGAUAUGUCUACGAUGCGAUGUGGACAUACGCCUAUGCUGUUGAUCAUUUGAUCAAAGAGAAUCAAAGUUAUGUAUUUGAUUUACAUUCAGAUCAAACAGUCAAUCGAUUGACCGAUAUCAUUGCUAAUACUGACUUUAAAGGGGUAUCAGGGAAUAUAAAAUUUUAUGGAGGCCCAUCAAGACUUUCAAAAACUACAAUUGUUCAAACAGUUAAUAAUGAAUCGAUAAUUGUUGGUAAUUUUUAUCCAAAUAUUUCGGAGAAAAAAGGUGAAAUAAUUGGUGGAAAAUGGAUAUUAAAUCAGUCUAAAAUCAUUUGGUUAUCGGGAAAAAUACCAGAUGAUGGAUCUGAACCUCAAGCAAGAUGUAUAUUAGCUGGAUUAGCUGAAUCACUUGAUGUUAGUUGUGAAGUGGCUAUUGUUAUUGCUAAUAUCAUUGGACUUGGAUUCCUUGGGACAUUUCUCAUCACUGGACUUGUUAUUAUUAAGAAAAAGUAUGAUGCAAAAGUAAGACAGCAUGAAAAAAUGAUUGAAUCUUUUGGAUUGGAUCCACGACAUGCUACUUUUGAUUUAGAUAAGUGGGAAAUACCUCGUGAUCACGUGGUGAUUAAUCGUAAAUUAGGAGAAGGUGCUUUUGGAAUGGUUUAUGGUGGUGAAGCAUUCUUUCCUGAGAAAGGAUGGCUUGCGGUGGCAGUUAAAGCUCUAAAGCUAGGCAGUACUACAGAGCAAAAGCUUGAUUUUCUAAGUGAAGUUGAAGUAAUGAAGCGUUUUGAUCAUAAAAAUAUUAUUAAACUUCUUGGUGUUUGUAUUAAAUGUGCUCCAGUACUUACCGUUAUGGAAUUUAUGUUAUAUGGAGACUUGAAGACUUAUUUAUUAGCUCGAAGACAUUUAGUAAAUGAUCAAAGUUAUGAAGAUUCAGAUGAGAUAUCGAAUAAAAAGCUCACCGCUAUGGCACUAGAUGUUGCUAGAGCAUUAAGUUAUUUAGCACAAAUGAAAUAUGUUCACAGAGACGUAGCAUCUCGUAAUUGUUUAGUGAAUGCUCAAAGGGUAGUUAAAUUAGGUGAUUUUGGUAUGACUCGUCCAAUGUAUGAAAAUGAUUAUUAUAAAUUCAGUCGUAAAGGAAUGUUACCAGUAAGAUGGAUGGCACCAGAGUCUUUAAGUCUAGGAGUAUUUACACCAGCAUCUGAUGUUUGGUCUUAUGGAGUUCUUCUCUAUGAAAUUAUUACAUUUGGAAGCUUUCCAUUUCAAGGGAUGUCCAACAAUCAGGUUUUAAAUCAUGUAAAAGAAGGUAAUUGUUUGGAAAUUCCAAAAGGUCUAGACCCAAAGUUAGAACAAUUAUUGCGUUCUUGUUGGAUUAUUGAUUAUCCAAAACGUCCAACAGCACCAGAGAUAGUCGACUUCUUAGCAAUGAAUCCAUGUGCUUUAAGUCCAUGUUUAGAUGGUCCAAGAUCCAGUGUUCAACUGGAAAAUGGUCAGGAAUUGGAUGUAACAUUAACUAAACCAUCAAAAAAAUUUUCUUUAUCAUUAGGAUGGUCAUCAUCACAACGUCGUUUAUCAUCAUUACCAUCAAUUACACAACCAACUACUCAAUUAGUUGAUAUCAGUACGGAUGAAGAAGUGAACAAUUUGGAUAGAUUACUUGAGAUUCCAAUGAAUAGCAGUGAUAUUGAAAAUUCUUUACCUUUACUUUCAACAAAUAGAUUAUCUAGAGUACUUGAGGAUGACACUAUAACUAAUGGAAAAGACAUUCCAAGUUAUGUGAAUACUCAACCUGGAGAAAAUUUAGUUCCAUUAGCCAAUGGAAAUAUUUUAUUAAAACAAAGAGAUGUGACAAAUGAUGAUAAUUCAGAAAUAAAUUCGUUAAUUUAAUAAAUAAUUCAAUAGCGAAUGCAGUUAAAUUAAAAUGCAUUUGCAAUGUCUGUGAAAAAUUACAUGACAUUCAUCAAAUAUAAUAGAUUAUCUAUUAAUUUAUUUACUUGCUCAUAAAAUUUAUAUGCUCUAGUCAAUUUAAAUAACUCGAAUUUUACAUAAAUAUAUACAUAAAUAUGUAUAUUGAUAAUAGAUAAAUUAAUAUAAUUAUAUUGAAUAUUAAUAAUAAUUUUAGAAAAUUAAAGCUAUUUUUUUACCACAAUUAAUAUAUUCUAUCGCUUAUGAUUGCUAUUUAAAAGUAUUGAAAAAUUA